CCACAGUCGCAUCCAACCGAGCCUCGCGACUCGCAAACCUCCCGGCGCCAGUACCCUCUCUGUCCACCUACUUGCUUGACUAAGAACAGAGAACCGCUAGACGGGGGGGAAAAAAUGCCAGGCGAAGGCCAAACAGUUAGCGCCGCCGCAGGGGGGCUGGGCAUCUCGCUGUCGUACGCGCCCGACGGCGUCGGCUACAAGCUGCUCGAGCUGCCGGCGGAGCUGGCCGAACUGCUGGAGCGCGGCGAUGCACCGGUACUCACCCUAACCUCGUCUCCCGCGGCGGCGCUGCUUAAGACGGCCGACAAGACGUACUCGCUGCGGCAGAAGAACACGUCGAACGCGCUGAUCCUGCUGGCGCCGGUGCAGCAGCAACAAACCGCCGAAGGCGAAGACGGGUCGCCAGCAAUGGGCCUGCACGCCAUCGCGACGGUGCACGAGACGAUCGAGCUCGUGCCGGGGACGGGGGAGGCGGCGCCGGCGCCGGUAGUGCGGGGCAAGUGGCAUGAGAAGUUUGGGAGGACGCGGUAGCGCAGUCGAUCGGCCAGCAGAGGGGAGUGGGAAGAUGAAUACAGUGAGAAAAGAAUAAAAUAGAAAUUCGGAAGGAUGGUACUAGCAAGCAAGCAUCUUCAGAGUAAACGGGGUGCUGGAUGGAUGCAUGGAUGGGAGCCUAGGCCAUGUACGAUCUACGAAUACUGUAUGUAGCACACUGGCUAGAAAAGGCCAUGAUACAUGCCAUCCCCGCUCACGACAUGCAGGACCUGUCUCGAUGAAGACUCGUCCUUGGUUAAUUAGCCUACAGUCUCAUAGAAACGCGGACCAACAGAUUGUCCUACUAAAAUCCUAUUUCGCUAUAUCGCCCAG